CAGACUGCCAGUCUCGGUAAGACGCUCGUAGUGGCUGCACGGACUUAUCACGUUUGUUUUCUCGAUAAAACGAGAAACACCCACACCCACAUACACACACAUACACAUAGAAACACACGCACGCACGCAACUCGAUCACGCGUCGGCAGUUUAAAAGCAUAAAGAAAGAAAGGAAAAUACAAAGUGAAAGAAAGAGUGAGGAGGGAUCAAACAAGAAGGAGGAGAUGAAGAUUUAAAAAACAAAAGACGAAUAAGGCAAGAAAAUUAUUAUAAUUCUUUACUGUUUCUGGAUUAUCCGCCAUAUUGUUUAAAAUUGAUGAUCGAUGGUGAAUUCGAAUUGAAGAUGAUAUUGGAUAUUUGAAAAUCAAAAAAAGUCAAGACAAAUUUGUUGAAAACGACUUUUGGUGCUUCGACUUUAAAGCUGCGUUUGUAACGUUGAUCGUAAUUCAAAUUGCACAUUGGAAACAGCUCGGGAUUGUCCGUUUAAGGUGGAAAAAGUGCGCUCACGGUUUUCGUUUAAUACCACGGGUGUUUGAAUAAAAGGAAAAACCUUUUAACGAUGCAGAUCAGUUGCGGCAGAUUGGGAAACUCGUCUCGCUGAUUGGGAUGCCAUAAUAUUGUACUGGUGCCAGGUCAAAUUAUUCUACCACUAAUAACUCGAAGUUGACUUCGCGAUUCGUUUUUGUGAGAAUUCGUGUUUUAAACAAUUAUAGUGCUCGUUGGAUUGAAGAAUACACAGUGAAACAAAGUGAAAAUAUAUUGUGGAUAAAAAAUGUUGAUGAUUGAAUAAGAGAAGAAAAAGUAUCGAGUACAAUAAUAGCGCGGAGCAUAAAUGAAAUUGGUUUAUUGAAUCGAUACUUAAGGUACCCACCUACAUUAUAUGUGAAAUCUGCAAUAAGAAUACCAAGUGAUAAUAAUAUUCAAUAAAUUCAAGUGUCUUACAAAAUAUACAUCUAUUAAUUAAUAUUUAUUGUCACGCAGUACAUUAUCGAAACGGAAAGCGGUAAAAAAAUAUAUCUCGCGUCGUUUGUUUGAUUGUAAAAGCUGGCAGCUUUUGCGAGAUAUUUGAAAUAUUUUGCCGGUACUUCACGUCGUUCACGUUUAUGAUUUUGCGACUAUUAUAUAUGCAGAGAUCACAUCCUCGGGAUUGUUCGUCUAUAUUCUUAUAUUUAUCUUGCAAAACCCCGUCCAAAAUCGUUGAGGAUUAAGUGAGUCGUCCUCGUCACCUCGACGGGUAGAAAUCGUAAAGACAACUGCUCGCUAGUUUAGUCGGUAAAACAGCGUGGUUCAGUCGGUAAAAAAGUUUUGUGAAAAUCCAAAAACUCGAGGAUAAAAACGUCGUAUAAUUAAUCGAUUUAAGAUAUUACACAGUGAUAUUUGAAUUGGUGAAAUUGGUUGAAUUCGCGACAGUUGUAAUCCCGCAUACUAUGAGAGGAUGAGCUGUUCCGUGAAGAUAUCCAGUUCGAAAAACUGGGGUGGUUCGCAGCGCAGGAUCAACUCCCUGUCGGAGGAAUCUCUGCCCCUGCAGAGUGCCUUGCCUAGGACUCCGCCUCGCCCCGUAAAAUCUAUCGCCGUUAAGAAGGGCGAAGACACCACCAAACUGUUGAAGUACAUCGACGACAAUGUCAUCGGCAAAAGCAGCACGUUCUUCGGACCCUUCGGACGCAGAAAAGUUGUCUACUGCGAUUACACCGCCUCUGGAAGAUCGUUGCAGUUCCUGGAGGAAUACAUCACCAAGGAAGUUCUUCCCUGCCUCGGUGACACUCGGACAUCAACGUCAAUCUGCAGUUUGCAGUCUUCUUUAUUCAGGCACGAGGCCCGAGAUAUUGUGAGGCAUGCUGUCGGUGCUAGUGAACAGGACGCUGUCCUUUUCACGGGUCAUGGAACCGCUGGCGCCCUACGCGCAUUGCUUCGGCAUCUGGAUAUGAAUAAGCCCACCGUUGUCUUCGUUGGCCCUUUCGAACACCAUGCUAACCUGCGACCUUGGAGAGAUCACGGAGUCAAGAUAAUAAGAAUUGCCGAGACCAAGGAAGGCUUCCUGGACCUGAAUGACCUGGACCGGCAACUAGCUAAGGAACGUCUCACUGGAGCUCAACUUGUCGGGUGUUUUAGUGCUGCCAGUUGCAUCACCGGCGUUCUUGCCGAUGACGUGGCGACGACUCUUCUUCUUCAUCAGCAUGGCGCAAUCAGUAUCUGGGAUUACACAUCGGCAGCUCCGUACGUACAAAUGGACAUGAAUCCUCACCUGCCCGGAGUCGGUGAGAACACGGUCCACAAAGAUGCUAUCAUAUUCACCGGUCACAAAUUCAUCGGCGGCGCUCAAACACCGGGAGUCCUAGUGACAAAGAGAACGCUUCUCAAGACUGACUCUAGCCUCGAAGACAUGAGGGAUUCGCAUAGAUAUUUGCAAGAUCCCGAGCUGCGCGAGGAGAGCGGAACUGCCGCUGUGGUGGAGACCAUUAGAUGCGGACUCGCCAUUCAGCUGAAAGAAAAUGUUACACCACAAGCAAUCAUGGCUCGUCAGGAUAAAAUCACCAAACAAGUUUUGGCACACGUGCGCACAAUACCAGAGCUCAUACUUCUCGGUAGCAGUUCACACAACGUCAAACGACUUUCAAUCUUCUCGUUCAUGGUCCGUCAUCCCCGAGGCACGUUUCUCCAUCAUAACUUUGUUUGCGCCGUUCUCAACGACGUUUUCGGAGUCCAGGCAAGAGGCGGCUGCGCCUGCACGGGACGUUAUGCUCACGAGUUGAUGGGUAUUGACGAAAAGUUAGCCAAAGAAUACGAGGCCAUUCUGCAGCAAAAUGGCUGCAAUGAAGAAUCAAGCGUGGAGAUGCUCCGACCAGGAUUCGCCCGUCUGUCGUUUCCCUUCUUCAUGUCGGAAACCGAGGUUGCUUUCGUCCUCGAAGCGCUGAAAAUGGUUGCGACGGAAGGAUGGAAGCUUUUGCCUCAGUACGUUCUGAAUCCGGACACAGGCGAAUGGCGCCACCAUACAAAUAGCGUAUUCAAAGACCGCAAAUGGCUGGGUUCGAUAAGGUACACAGACGGAAAGAUGAUCACAUCCGAGCGACGCGUGUCUGGACCCGGUGUAUUUCCUCAGAGUUACAGCGAUUGCCUUCAAACAGCGAGAAACAUCUUCAACAGAGCGAGGAAAAUGGCUCAGAGAUAUCCUCUGCAAAUUGACCAAAGCGUCGUCUUCACCGAACAAGGCAAAGCACUUCGAUGGUUCAUCCUGCCGAACGAAGCACAGGACCUUCUUCUCGGCAAUUCGCAAAACGUCAAGCAGGACGUUCCCUUCAAUCCGGUGACAUACAGACUCAGAUACAGCGCCUUUGAUAUACCAAACCACUCUUUGCUUUUAGCAAACGGGAUUCGCAGAUUGAACAGCGACAUUCCCAGGACCGGGAACGCCCCGAUAACAUCGAACUCUCCGAGACAUCACAGCCUCCCAGUAUUGACCAGGCCGAUCCCACCACUUCCUGAUCCCAAAAAGUAUUCCUUCGGGCAAACUCUGUCCUCACACUUGAGGAACACCGUGUCGCCUCCACUUAUGGCGCAGCUGUCCCUUCCGGAAUACGCGACGUCCUCGGGUGAACAAAGGUCUCCGUCGACUUGUCCAAGUUCCCCGAUGCCCGUGAGAUUCGCAGUCGGCGAGGCCGUGACUCCGGCAAUUUUGGGAACGCCUGUGGUUGCUCAGCUAAUCGCUGGUGACCAGAGUAACACGGGUAGAGCGCGAUGCAACUCUUUGGGAAGUUCAGGUACCUCUCCCCCGAUAUUGAGUCCCCAGACGAUGGCUAGUCUGGGUAUAAAUACCUCGAGACACCGACACUGCAGCUGCAGUAGUCAAACGGAAUUGAACUCAUUAGAGUAUGAGAAUGGGAGUCCGACCCACUCCUUGACCAACGCUAACUCCUACAGUAACUGUGACAUGAGGGUUGGUAGGUCCUCACCGGUCUCUAACCUGUCGCAGAGUUCGGAAGAUCUUCACGCUUAUUUGAAGGAAGUUACGAAGGAAUUAGCAACGGAAAUAAAAUCGGAAAUACGCGAGGUGAUAUCUCAGGUCGACGACGUACUGUCGGAAACUAACACAACGGAAAACACGCCCCAGCACCACUCGCGGAUCCAUAGCCUCAACCAUUGCGAGGAAAAGCACGAUUCCUUCUCGGCGAGCGAUAUUGCUGAGUAUCUCAUGGAGUUUUCAAAGGAAAUGGCAAGCGAAGUGAAAUCGGAGAUCAGGUGUAUGGUGAACGCUGUCGACGGUCUUCACAGGUUCUCACCCGACACCUCAUCCUCUGACAAAUCAUCGAAUGGAUGUGGUUCACCCGAAAGAGUUUUACCGAAGGCCGGAACGAUUGGUAAGCUGAGUGAACUUUCUCAGGAGAGUAAAAUGUCGAGCGAGUGUUCGUCAGACGAGACUGUGAUCUACGUCAUCAAGCAGGAUGCUGGCGGUAAAACUGACGACGAGGACCGUAGUGGGGUCGAAAUAGACUUAAAAACACUGCCGAAGAUCUACUCGGCGAUAAACUCUGUCAGUUCUCAGGACAGUGGAAUCAACCUGUCCUUCCAUGAAAACGACAAGUCAACUGAGUCCGAACUUCGGAGAAGCAGUAGCGCCGAGUCAAACUCUAACGGAUGUAGGAGACUGCGAAUAAACGGGAAAAACGCGAAGCAAAAACGGGUCAAUGAUCUUUCCGAGGACGAGGAGAUCGUUUCCGAGUGCUCGGGUCUUGAGGAAGAGGAAAGACUGAACCCGGACAAACCCUCGGAGGAUGGAAAUCUGCAGUGGCUGUGUCCCCCAAAAAACAUCUGGAAACCUUCGGUAGAGGCGAUGCAAGAAUUUGACAUGAUCAGGGACGGAGACAAGGUUAUGAUCUGCUUAUCCGGUGGCAAGGACUCCCUGUCCCUGUUGCACACUCUGCACCAGUACCAGUUCUACGUCAGGUCCAAGGGUGUCAACUUCGAGAUAGGGGCGGCGACUGUUGACAGCAAAGCCUACGACCCCCUUCAGCUAAUGACGUACCUCAAGGCGCUGGACGUACCGUAUUUUUACGAAGAGCAACCCGCUCUUGAGGAAGAGAUUGGAAGGUCGGCGUGCAGCUUCUGCAGCAGAACGAAGAGGAACCGCUUGUACACCGUCGCUAAAGAGCACUCCUACAAUGUCCUGGCGCUCGGGCAGCACCUCGACGACCUUACGGAGGGAUUCCUCAUGUCCGUAUUUCACAACGGUAAACUCCGCACCAUGAAAGCACAUUAUUACAUCCGAGAGCGUGACCUCAGGGUUAUUCGGCCGUUCGUAUACGUCCGGGAAAAGGCUUUGAGACAGUUUGCAGAAUGCAAGAAACUCCCUGUCGUACAAGAAACGUGCGAAACUUGCGAAGACGCUCCAAAGAAGCUGGAGCGUAAUAAGCAGAUAAUAGCGCAGCAAGAACAAGUUUACCCGCGAUUAUACUGGUCUCUGCGAUCAGCCCUCCAGCCACUGAUCGUUGCCCGAGGUUUUACCGAGGAAACAAACCAACAGAAGAGGCAUCGAAGACCAAGAACAAACUCCUUCACAGCCUCGGCGAGUAGCGCGUCUCAGCCAUUAAACGACAGCGAGACCGAAGAGGAGCCGGUAGUCUAGCGCACGUGAAAUACGACCAGAAAGGCGAAUCGGUUUACUGCUCGGAAUCUGUCUGGUAAGUUCAGGAAACAUCUUGCACGAACGACAAAGCCACCCGUUGGGCGUGAUGGUCAGGCUGCACAGUAGGUCAGCUGCGUCGAAUGCUGAGAUGUAUGUAGAUUUAAAGUCUAAUUAACACCAUACUAAUGAUGACGCGAGGGAAGAUUAUCAUUGGGAAGUGGGAAAGGAGAAGAAGAAGCUUCUUUAAAGCUUCUUUCGCGCUUUACGCAGAGGAUAAAAAUUGUAUCUAUUCUGCACGUAAAUGAACAAUUCUUUCAUUGGGAAGAGAGUUGUACUUGGAAGAGCCUUUUCGUGAUCCCAAUUUCAUUCUUGCCUUUAAACUUGUCUUUUCAGACGAUUGGUACCUACGAUUACGUACAACAGGUACUAAGAUUCGUCCUACAUUUUUAAAAUUAAAACGUAUAAUACAUAUAUGUUUUACGUUCGUUAAUUAGCAUAAUAUUAUAAUUAGUUAAAAUAAUGAAGGUAACAUUAUCGUUGACGAUUAAAUGCAGAGCGACAAUGAAAGAUUGAAAGGGUGAAGAGGUCUUUGUACUAUUACGUACAAUGUAAAUCACUUGGCUUGGAGUGUUCCGGCGUGCAAAUAAAAACGGAUAAAAAUAUCUGUUUUUUUGUUCUCUAAAUUUUUCAAUCUAAUAAUUGAUUGAUUAACGGAACUUCUGAAUUUAAAGUAAAUAUUUAACUGAAUUAACCGCGGUUCGAAAUCAACGUUGGCAGCGCGAAUGUUUUUCUCUUCUUUUUUAGUGUGACGAUUAUAUCGUAAUGUAGUGAUUACCUGUUCACAAAAAGUAUAUGGAUUGAAAGAAAUGAUCGUGUUCAAAUAAACUAUUGACUUACUGUUCAUGGCGAAUAAUCAAACACAAUAUUACCUACAAUUAAACGACAAUACAACUAAGUAUAUACAUAUUACACAGUACAUAUACGUAGUGUAUAUGUAUACGUAUGUAUACUAUAUUAAUUAUGUACCACACAAAAUCGAACUCAACAUAAUUUAAAACAUAUUUACUCCGCCUGAAUCAGAAAGUGAUUAUGCUGUACAGUCUCGUUGAAGAGAAUGCUUCGAAUUUUGUAAUUGAUUAUGAUUGUAAGAUUAAUUUUUAUACGUUAACAGUUCACCCAUUGGCAACUGCUAUGUGUCGGAGAUUAUCAAUUUUUACAAAAUAACGACAUAUAUAUAUA